AUGGGAGAAAAAAACAUCAGUAACUUGGCAGCAAUUUUUGCAGAGACUCAUGAUCAAGUGCCACUCUUUGAUCAUGAUUUGCAUUUCUAUGAGACUGACUAUGGCGUGCCAGCUGACGAGAUGCCAGACACCACACAGGGUCAGGCUUUCUUUGUGGCCACCAUUGUUAUCGGCGUGGUGCUCUUCUGCAUCAUGCUGGUGUGUGGCGUGGGUAACUUCCUCUUCAUCGCUACCUUAGCACGCUACAAAAAACUGAGAAACCUCACCAACCUCCUGAUUGCAAAUCUAGCCAUUUCUGACUUCAUUGUGGCCAUAGUGUGUUGUCCCUUCCUGCUAGAUUACUACGUGGUGAAGCAGCUCUCUUGGGACCAUGGGCUCUUGCUCUGCGCAUCUGUCAAUUACCUCAGAACUGUGUCCUUGUACGUGUCAACCAAUGCCUUGCUGGCUAUCGCUGUUGACAGGUAUAUGGCCAUAGUUCAUCCACUAAAGCCCAGGAUGAAGUACCAGACAGCCUACUGCAUGAUUACUGGUGUAUGGAUUGUCCCAGCACUAAUAUCUAUUCCCUCUGCAUACUUUGCCUCUGAAACCAUGUAUCCACAUGUAAACAACCUCAGCAACAAGAUCUUUUGCGCUCAGAUCUGGCCAGUGGACCAGCAGCUCUACUACCGCUCUUAUUUUAUGUUCAUCUUUGCUGUGGAGUUCCUAGGUCCAGUCCUGAUUAUGGCUCUGUGUUACAUUCGCAUCUCCAGGGAGCUGUGGUUCAAAAACGUGCCUGGCUUUCAGACUGAGCAAAUCCGUAAACGUCUACGCUGCCGGAGAAAAACCGUCAUGGUUCUCAUCGGCAUCCUUACUGCUUACAUCCUUUGCUGGGCACCAUAUUACGGCUUCACCAUCUUACGUGACUUCCACCCGACAGUCAUCUCCAGGGAGAGGAACUCUCUGGUGGCCUUCUACAUUAUAGAGUGCAUCGCUAUGGGCAACAGCAUGAUCAACACCUUCUGCUUUGUCAGUGUCAAGAACAACACCGUGAAGUAUCUCAAGAGGAUUGUGCUGUUCCGUUGGAGGUCUACCUACACUUCCAGAAAGACUGUGGAGGAGACAGACAUGAGGACAUUAUCAGUUCCGGUGACGGAGGUGAUUGACUGUAUGCGCCUGAGGUGA